AUGAUGGAGGUGAAGCUGCCGAGGCUGUGCUGCGGUUGCUCGGCGCUGCUGUGGCUGCUGUGGAUGGGGCUUCAUGUCCAGGCGGAGCUCGACUGCCAAGAGGUGAAGAAAGUUUUCCAGCUGCGGCAGAUCGGACCCUCCAAGUGGCUGCCGCAGACCCCCAGAGCAGGAUCUGAUCUUCAGGUUUGUACAUCAAAGAACCCAACAUGUUGCACAAAGAAGAUGGAGGAUCGAUACCAGACAGCAGCUCGCCAAGAAAUUCAAAAUUUGCUUCAAACAUUGAGCUCAUCUCUGAAAUUUUUGAUAUCACGUAAUGCAGCUGCAUUUCAAGAUGGUGAGACUCCUCCUAUCGAAGAAUAUCUCCAUGCUUAUGCUACAAUAAAAUUUGGCAGUGAGCAUUUCACUCAAGGUGUUACUGCUUGUCAGGGCUUAAUUACCAAUGGUAAACUUCUUCACUAA